AUUUAACACCGGCUGUGAUUUUUUAAGUGCUUUUUAAUAUUUUCACUAUUUUCUGUUGAAAAUCUGAAAUGUGCAGUUGAAUUUCUAGAGGACGGAACGAGUUAAUCAGAUACUGGGGACUACAUUUGUGAUGCACCAGUACAAUUUCGUGUGUUCUUCCAGUUUAGCUUGAGCUGUUGUUCAUUGCGGAUACAACAACACCCUAAAAGGCCCAUCUGCUGGCUACUUCGGUCAUGGUUCAGAAUUCAAGAAGAUGAGUUCAUGAAACUCGGAGUAUUCAAAGGUUUGUCAAAUAUGUGAUUGUUUUACGGGGCGUAGGACCUCUGCCUGUAUCUGGAAGGCAUUUGACAGUUGUGAAGGACUUCGACACUUCCUUGCUCAAAUUUGUUGUUUGUCCACUAUCCAAAAAGCAAUUGAGGUACGAGGUAAAUACCAAUGAACUCAUCAACGACGAGCUUGGCAUCGCAUACCCAAUAUUUGAUGGGAUUCCCAAUAUGCAAGAUUGAUUAAAAAAUAACCUGAAACACAAGUGAAACCAGCACAGCAGGCAUAAAACACAAACAGUAAAGACUCAAGAAGAUCUUGACCCUGAACAGUGUUUAAACUAGUUGUUAGCUAGAAGUCAAGAUGUUAUCUCUCUCUACCCUCACAGUACUGGUUCCUAUAGUCUCCCUAUUUGGACUUUUCUAUUCUGCGACUGUGGAUGAUAAUUUCCCUCAGGGAUGUACAAGCACUAGCAGUGUGUGUUUCUACAGUCUUCUGUUACCAGUCACCAUCCCAGUCUAUGUGUUUUUCCAUCUAUGGAAGUGGAUUGGAAUCAAGCUAUUCAGACACAAUUAGUGUACGCUUUACAUGAAUAGUGUUUCAGUUGAAUGUCACUAAUAAUAAAGGUUAUCAAUUAGUGAUGUGUACUGUGGUGAUGGCGUUGCACAUGAAGCUGCUAUUGCUACCACAGCUAAUGAUCCACUAAAUGAUUAUGUAAGAAGAAAAUGACAAAUGAAGGAACUUUAUUUGAUGAGUGACUUGCAAUUUCUUCCAUAAAAUGUGCAUUAAUACAUUUUUUUUAUUGAAUGUGUUUUUAAUUCAACUUGGAAAACAUAUAAACCUAUAAAAUGAACCUAUUUUGGAAACCUGGGACAAAGAACACCACAAAGCAAAUGUAUCCUUGUGAAUGACUAUCACUAAUAAAAUUGUAUUGCUUUUGA